UCAUGCCUCCUCUCAUGGCUCUUCUCAGCUUCCAUCACAUGGUCCUUCUCGUCAUACAUCAGGCCAUUCCAGUCCAACCUGCAGGAGAGGGUCCACCCUUAUAGAAAAUGGUGACAAGAGAUUCAAGAACAGGUUGGACUCUGAAAAACUGUACAGGAAUCUGGAGUGUAUCUCCCGCAGAGGCUCCUCAGCCAUGCAGCAAAACUCAUAUGAAAGAUAUCAAGCCUCACCACGAACCAGAACAGCUCUUAACAGCUCCAUCAACACUCGAACACGCAACAGUCGCGAAGUAUCACCAUCCAGGAAUGGCUUCAGUACUCAUAGCCAUACAUCAAAAAGGGAGGUCUACUCCAGAGAUGGUAGACUGAGUACUUCUCAAGGCUCUUCGCAGGGGUCCUCACACUCUUUACUCAGCCUCCCACCCUCACGUGGUUCCUCUUCGUCGAGACAGGGUGCGGACUCCCUGGUCCUUGGUGCAUCACUGUCACAUGUUGCAAACACAGAAACUGAUAAGUGCAAUGAGGGCAGUGACAGAGUCAAUGGUGACAGAAGCGGAAGCAAUAUUAGACGAGGCAUGGAGGCCCUGCUGAUCUCUGAAUCCAAAAAGGCCGCAGUAGAAGUUGAGGAGGUUGGGAUGACCAUUGAUGACUACAUAAUGCUGGCUGACAUUCCAAAGAUCCAGCUUGAGUCAGAAGAAGAGUAUCCAGGUCUGAGGAGAAGGAACCAGAGUCCCAGCCCAUGCAGGAACCAGAGACUUAGGUCAUACAGAUAUCAAGAUGAAAAAGAUGUCUACAGUUCAAGGCUUGACUCAGAUGAGAGAGGGAGAGGCAGAGAGAGAGGGCGAGACAGACGAGAGAAAUGUCAGGACUCUGGGAAUGGAAGGUCGUCUCGGAGUCUGUCAGUAGCAUCUCUUUAUGCAGAGUCUUCAGACAAUAAAUGUGGGAAACACAGAUCUUCAAGGGUGAAGGAGCGAGCUCCUGAAUGCCCGCUGACGCAGGGAUGGCUGUCCAGAUUAGAUGAACAUGGCCAGUGGAGGAAACAUUGGUUUAUUCUGGGUGACACUUCGCUAAAGUACUAUAGAGACUCAGAGGCUGAGGAGUCAGAUGAUCUGGACGGAGAGAUUGACCUGGCAUCCUGUUUGAGUGUUUCAGAGUAUGACAUAGAGAAGAGCUAUGGACUCCAAAUACAAACAAAAAAAGCAGUGUUCACUCUCUCUGCUAUGACGUCCAGAAUUCAGCGGAACUGGGUGAAGUUGCUAAAGCAGGCCAUCGAGGACAACACACAGAGAACCCCAACAUGCAGACAGAGUCUUGGGGCAAACAAAAAGUCCACUCUGGCCCCUGCUUCUCACCCGGAGCAACUCCAGAAAAGAAGAGGGUCCAACGUCUCUCAAGGACUUGGGUUCCAGAGCCGAUGCUAUGUGUCAAGCCAAUCAGAAACCGGCAACAAGAAAGAGAACCCCUGUUCUCACGGGCCGUUGUCAUGCCAACCCCCUGCUCCGUUCACCUGCAAGGACUCGGGCUAUGAACCUGCCACUUCCAACUCCACCACCAAGGCUGCAAACUCCCACCACGCUGGCCACCACCACCAAACAGUAGACGGAGACCAACCAGCCAGUCAGAGAGAAGAGGGCAAGAGCUUGGAUCGCAAGCAAGCGAAGCGACUGGAGGAGAGGAACAAGUGGUUUGAGGAAGGGGUCUCCUACAGUGAGAUGGGAAGCAGGUGGGACUCCAUGGAGCUGAAGAAGGGGAGUGUUCCUUUGCCUGUUAUUGAAACCAUGGACACUGAGGUCAGCAGGAAGUGGGCCGAAUUUGAGUCGCUGUCAUUUAGGGACACAAGUUCACAGUUUCUUAUUGGAGCCCAAGCUAAUCAGUCAUGCACCCCCGAAGUGUUAGACUCCUUAACUGGCAACCAGAAUUAUCACUCAGACAAUGAAGAGACUGAACAGUCUGCCACCAGUCCCGUAAAUGGUGUCCAAAUCAUUCAAACUAAUACAGCUGAAGCUCUCCAAAAGGAGGCCGCAUCUCUUCGAAAGCAGGUGGAGAGCAUUAAGAGGGAACGGGCAGCCAUGGGAAUAGAGGUGGAGAGUCCCUGUGGCCCCGGAGCCCCAUGUAGAGUCAAAUUGGAAGCCAUGGAAGUAGCCCAUAGGAAAGCACUGCAGGAGCUGCAGGAGAAACAUACCAGGGAGAUGAAGGAGUUGGAAGAACAGAAACAUAGGAUAGUGCAGGAGAAGAGCCAGAUAGCAGCUCAAGAUAUGGAAGCACUGAGAGCCACUCACAGAGAAACGUUGGACAGAGAGAUGGAAAAAGCCAUGAGGCUGUCUGGUGGAGCAGCACUUAUGGACUCUUCACACAGAGAGUGCAUGCCCCGAGCAGACGUCUUACGCAGUGAGUUGGAUGUGCUGACAGAACGUUUCUCUGAGAAGUGCCUGGAGCUGAGCCGCACUGAGCAACACAGCAAGGGCAGAGAGACUGAGCUGACCUGCAAGGAGAGAGAGCUGGAGCAGCUCCGGAAAGAAAACCAGGAUCUUAAGGCCAAACUGGCAGAGGAGAUCAGCCGAAUGCGUAGUUUCAUUACUGGUCACAGGAGGGUGGAUGUAGUAUCCCUUUGCAACACGGAGUGUACUGCAUCAAAAUUAGAGACGCUGCUAAGAGCAAAAGAAAAUGAGGUGCAGUAUCUUAAAAAGGAAAUUAGUUGUCUACAGAAUGAAGUGCAAUCUCUUACCAAGGAGAAAGAAGCAGCUUAUGAGCGUUUUAAGGAGGCCUAUGUGGAGCUGAGUGACAUGAGGGGUCGUAGCCAGUUAGAGGUGGGCUCCCUCAACGAACACUUGAGACUGGCCAACGCUGCACUUCAGGAGGGGAAAAAGACACAUCUGACCAAUGAGGACAACCUUUAAAAAUGUAUCUUGGAAAACAAAGACAGCAAAAAAUGUUAGAGAUUUACAAAAUACAACACCAUUACAAAAGGAAUAAUACAGUGGUGUGAUGCAUCAUUUAAUGCAUCACAUGGUUCAGAUCAAACUAAUUUCAAACAUUAGUCAAAUAUAACACAAGUAAACACAAAAUGCAGUUUUUAAAGGAAAGUUGUUGUUUUUUUAUUAUUAAGGGAAAACAAAAUCCAAACCUACAUGGCCCUGUGUGAAAAGGUGAUUGCCCCCUAAACCUCGUAACUGGUCCAGGGUUGGACCACCCUUAGCAACAACUGGAAUCAAGCAUUAACUUGCGAUAACUUGCAAUGAGUCUUUUACAGUGUUAUGGAGGAAUUUUGGCCCACUCAUCUUUGCAGAAUUAUUGUAAUUCAGCCACAUUGCAGGGUUUUCAGCAUGAACUGCUUUUUUAAGGUCAUGCCACAGUAUCUCAAUAGGAUCCAGGUCAGGAUUUUGACUAGGCCACUCCAAAGUCUUCAUUUUGUUUUUCCUUCAGCCAUUCAGAGGUAGACUGCUUGGAUGUUUUGGAUCAUUGUCCUGCUGUAGAACCCAAGUUCACUUGGCCGGACAUUCUCCUUCAGGAUUUCUUGUUAGACCAUAGAAUUCACGGUUCCAUUUAUCACAGUAAGUCUUUCAGGUCCUGAAGCAGCAAAACCGUCCCAGAACACCACACUACCACCACCAGAUUUUACUGUUGGGAUGAUGUUCUUUUUCUGAAAUGCUGUGUUACGUUUACGCCAGAUGUAAUGGGACACACACCUUCCACAAAAUUCAACUUCUGUCUCGUCAGUCCAGAGUAUUUUCCCACAACUCUUAAAGAUCAUGAAGAUGUUGUCUGGCAAAACUGAGACAAGCCUUUACGUUCUUUUUGCUCAGCAGUAGUUAUCGUCUUGGAUCUCUUCCAAUGAGACCAUUUGUGCCCAGUCUCUUUCUAAUGGUAAGUCAUGAAAACUGACCUUAACUGAGCCAAGUGAGGCCUGCAGUUCUUUUGAUGUUGUUUUAUUUUUUUGUUGUUGUUGUUUUUUUGUGACCUCUUGGAUGAGUCAUUGCUACGCUCUUGGGGUAAUUUUGGUCGGCCGGCCACUCCUGGGAAGGUUCACCACCUUUCAUAUUUUCACCAAUUGUUGAUAAUGGUUCUCACUUUAGUUGUCUAGAGUGUAAAAGACUUAGAAAUGCUUUAUAACCAAACUGAUAGAUCUCGAUUACUUGCUUUCUCAAUUGUUCUUGAAUUUCUUCAGAUCAUGAUAUCUAGCUUUUGAAGAUCUUUUGGUCCACUUCACUUCGUCAGGCAGGUCCUAUUUAAAUGAUUUCUUGGUUGACAACAGGUGUGGCUAGAGAAAUUGAACUCAGAUGUGAUAAACCACAGUUAAGUUUUGUUUUAACAGAAGGGGCAAACACUUUUUCCACACAGGGCCAUGUAAGUUUGGAUUUUUCCCCCUUAAUAAUAAAACCCUUAAU